CUGCCCACUCAGCACACUCAAAUCUUUCAUCGCCUUCUUCACGAGAAUCUUCUGAUAAAAUUCUCAAGAACCCUAAUUUCUUCAGAUCUUCUAAAUUUUCUGAGAAAAUGAAGGUUGUCGGUGCAAAUGUUCACUUCCAGAAGUUAGAAGCCAAGUGCUCAUCACCAACAUUCUUUCAAAGCUAUCUGCAAAUGAUAGCCGCUCAAGAAGUCUCCGAAUUUCUUCCAAUGGAGAUUCGCCUCAAAUUCGAGGAAGAAGUUCUUGAAUUCUACAGAAAUGGAGAGUUCAAAACUACUCAUUCAAAGAAGAACCCACAGAAGACGUUUCCAGUCAUCAAGUCCACUGUUGGAGGUACAAAAGUGAAGCUUUCACAAAUGAAAUUGGGAGAAAAGCUUCGCCUUUCCAAUCCUGGAGUUGAAGUUGGGAAAUUUCCAGACAAAAAUCUGGACUGGAACAUCAUUGGAAUCUCUGGGCAAGUUCCUUCUGGCCCAGCGAAGAAAGCAGAUCUAAACAAUGAUUACAAGUUGGUUUUGGAACUGGUCAUCGCUUGCCUCGAAUGUGGAAGUGGAGGUCAUGCCGAUGACAUCACCCAGGAGAGAGCCUUCAUCAUCAAUUCUCUCAUUACCAAAACUAAGGUAAACUGGGCUGCACACUUUUUCAAAUCCAUUUCAAAACAUCUAGGAAAGCACAAUAAGAAGUAUCUCUGUCAAGGUCUGUAUGUUGGACAUAUUUUGGAAUCUAUGGGCGCUGCAAUUAAAGGGAAAAAGUAUGAAGCCAGAUACUGGCUAUACUACUUAUCCUCCAAAGGAGAAAACAGAGCUAGUGCUAGUGCCACUACAGAAGAAAGCUCAUCAGACAAUGUUCCACUCAUCAAUUUCACAAAGACUACCAAGAGAAAGCAUGUGGUGUCUCCUUCUCCCAGUGAUGAAGCACCACAGAAUCUUGCUCCAAUAAAUCUUGAAGAAGAAGAAGAAUCCUCUGACCAAGGAGAACUUCAAAGGAAGAAGAAGAGGAAGAUCAACUCCCCAUCAACAUCUGGAAAUGUCAAUCCGGAUGAGUUGAAGGAGAAGGAACCUGCUGAGGAAACCUCUGCUCAAAACCGGAGCCCUCAACAACUUGAUGAAGAAAUUCCUCAAGUCCAAAGCCUUCCAACCUCAUCAACUCAACCUCAAAGAGAUGAUGCAGAUAACCAAUUCUGGCAGCUCUACUAUGGUUGGAAAGCCUGGAAAGUUGGAAAUUCAGCAGAGCAACUGUUGAAUUGGGACCAACAACUGAAGAAUGAGAAGAUCAUCAAAAAGUGCUUAGGAAUACCAGUCAACCACAACUGUGAACAAAUUUUGGUUGACUACUGGGUAUGGCAAAGGAAUUCUGAAGACUUGCAUCUGGAAUACCUGGCCAACACACCAGUUUCUGACUUUGAAGCAGAUGAUGAAGAUCCUGCAGUCUUCAAGUCAAUCUUCUCAAAAGACACAGAAGAUCAAGUGGUUUUCACUUCUGAAGCACAAGUUUUUUUGGAAGCAGCAACUGAAGAUUUCCAAACACUUCCGGAAACCUCACAUGUUUCUGAAAUGGUUCUAACUGAAGUUGUAGAAGAGAAGGCAACCUCACCCCGACAAGAACAGAACCAGGAAACAGCAGAAGAAGAAGAAUUUCAGCCACUAAUCCGAUCUCAAGUUUUGGAGAUUCUCACCACUCCUUCUCUUCCAGAAACAAUGGAGCAAGCUGUUGAAGCACAAAGGAAUUCUGGAGAAGCUGAAAAGGAAACUCAAAUGGCAGAACUAGAGGUCUCUCAAACUCCAGUAGUUAUUUUUGAAGAAGAGAAUACAGCUGAAGAAAGAGACUCCCUCUCUAGGGAUAUAUCAAAUUUUGCGCUUGAUGAAGCAGAAGGAGAGUCUGAAAGAACACUGAAGGAUACUGAUGAAGAAGAUGUACAAGAAGAUGCUAAAUCUCUUCCUCUGCAACUCUUCCAAAGAACACCACCAUCUCAUCAGAAGACUCUGGAGAUUAUCUCUCUAUUGAGUGAAACUGUGAGCAACACGAUGGAAAUAUAUGCCUCUGACAGUCAACUUCAACUCAAAGAGAUCAACAAAGUCAAAGAGCAAAUAGCGAGUGUCACAGUUAGUCUCCAAAAACAGAUGUCCCUUCUCCAAAUGGACAUCAGAUCAGCCCUAGCAGUAGCUUCUGCAAAUCAGGUAGUGACCAAAGACUACUUGAAGGUGAUCAUUGACAAUCAAAAGGAAGCAUACAAGCUGUUCAGACUUAUUGGCGCAAAUUCUGGAAACCGCAAGAUGGAAGUAAUUCUCCAAGAACACAGUCCAUCUCCAAUACCACAGCUCCCUAUUGCAGUCAAAGAAGGAGAAGUAUCUUAUAUUCCUUCUCAUCUGAACUUGACAAAUCUAAUCCUUGAAGCACAGCAAAGAAAUCCGGAAAACUCAGCACAGCUCCUAUCCAGCUCAGGACUGGAUGGAACAGAAUUUAUAGGUACAGUUGCUGACCACUUCUCAAAUGAUGCUCAAUCUGAAGAAAGAAGUGAAAAUUUAAGGCGCAUCAAAGAACUGUGUGGGAACAUGAGGGGCAUUAGUGAGGUUUCCGGAUCUUCAAAGCGCAAGAGAAACUGAAGGUUCUUUUCAUCAAAACAGGGGGAAAGUUUCAAUUGGGUUGGGUUGAGAUGGAAUUUGUAUAGCAAUUGGAUAAAAACUUUCACAUGGACUUUAAAUCUUCAAUUCCAUUAAAGCUCGGCCCAAUUCUCCAUCCCUUGAACUUAACAUCUAUUUUUUAUUCCAAAGAGUGUAUCUGAAAAUACAUAUAAGAGAAAUUAAUUUAAACAUAGAAUAAAAUGAAAACUUUACCCAACUUAUGAUUUUAGUGUAAAAAUAUAACAAGUAGCCUAAAGAGCCAAAUAUUUCAUUAUACCCUUUAUUUUCACAUAAAAUGCAUUAAAAAUAUAAUAAAGAACUAAAGUAUGACCAAAUAAAAUGUGACAAUUUGUAACGUAUCAAAUACCCCCACACUUAGUCCUUUGUACGUCCUCGGGCAAAGUAAAUACCAAAAAUCAUAACUCUCUUUUUUUAACAUUAGAACUCAAAAUAACUUCUCUAUCUUAUAACAAUAUAAAGUGAUGUAUUUG